AUGGCUUUGACGAUCUCUGGUUUCGACGUUGCCCAGGCCCCAACUAUUGCGCCGGAGGAUAAAGCUGCCUGCCAAUCGGCCCCAUUCCAUCCUUCCAUGGAAGAGCUUCCAAAGGGCUUCCGAAAAAGUGAGAAGAAUGCCGCAUUUCCUGUAGACACCAUUUUCGAACGGGAUGUGGCGGUCCCCAUGAGAGAUGGAGCUAAGAUCUAUUGCGAUAUCUUCCGGCCCAAGGGGAAGUCUAACAUUCCGGCAAUUCUCAUAUGGAGUCCAUAUGGCAAAGGUGGCAAUGGGCCUCAUGGGCUUCAUAUGAUUGAAGGUAGAUUUGGGGUCCCGGAAGAACGAUUGAGUGGAUAUGAGAAAUUUGAAGGACUCGAUCCUGCCGACUGGGUUGGUCAUGGAUACGCAAUUCUUAACUUUGAUCUGCGCGGCUGUUGGAACUCUGAGGGCACCAUCCCAUGGCUAGGAUCUCAAGAUGGCCGAGACGGCUAUGACGCGAUCGAGCAUGUAGCUCAAUUGGAUUGGUGUAACGGAAAUGUGGCGCUCGCUGGCAACAGCUGGCUGGCCAUGUCUCAAUGGUUCAUUGCGGCAGAGCAGCCUCCUCAUCUGGCCGCGUUUGCACCAUGGGAGGGAGCCAGCGACUUCUACCGAGACACUCUUUGUCGCGGUGGCACACCCCAUCCUUAUCAGCGAUUCUGGAAGAUCCUCGAAUCAUCUAUGGUUGGUCGGGGCCAGGUAGAGGCAAUUACCGAGAUGCUUACUCGGUAUCCGCUAUACAAUGAGUACUGGGAGGACAAAAGGGCCAAACUAGGUCGGGUUAAAGCUCCGUGCUACGUUCUUGCCAGUUACUCGACCUCGCUUCACACGAGCGGCUCUAUUGGGGGAUAUAAUGCCUUGGGAAGCCCUGAUAAAUGGUUGCGGGUGCACCCCAAACAAGAAUGGUCUGAUCUAUAUUCAGAUGAAAGCACAGAGGACCUUCGCAAAUUUUUUGACUACUACACCAAAAACAUUCAGAACGAUUGGCCUGCCACGGCCCGGGUCCGGGUGUCCUUAUUGCCUUUCAAUGAUGCGCCGAUUGAAAAUAAACCAUUUUCAACCUAUCCCGUGCCGCAAUCUCAAUAUACCAAAUUGUUUCUGACCGAGAGCGGUGAUCUAUCCCCUCAACCGCCUUCCUCGUCGUCUCAGCUGUCCUACCUAUCGGACUUUGUUCCCACAAAGCCAGAUCACAAUUCCGAGGAGCUUCUCUUUACCUACAAAUUCCAAAAGCCAACCUGGCUAAUCGGAUACAGCAAGGCUAUUCUACACCUCUCAGCAGAUGUACCGCAAGAGCUGGACGUGUUCGUCCAGUUACGGAAAAUGGACAAGUCGGGAGCAAUUUUGCAAUAUAUGAACGUACCACUAGGUCGGCUAGUGCCACCAAAGAGCAGCCCCGACGAAGUACCCAAUACUUGCUUCCUCAAGUAUCUAGGUCCUACAGGUGUUAUCCGAGCCACUCACGCGGUAUCCAAAAUUCCCUCCUCGGACUCCAACACGUGGCCAGAGUAUCGCCAUGACCAAAAGGAACCCGUGGCAAAGACGGGCCAAAUAUAUCGUCUGGAAGUGCCCAUUUGGCCAUCUGGUAUUACCUUCAAUCCCGGGGAAUCUUUGGUGCUGAAGGUGUCAGGUCACUAUAUGAGCAUGAUGGAGUUUGAAUUCUUGAAUAACCACCCUGACACCGAGAACAAGGGCCUUCACACCCUUCACUUGGGGGAAGGGGAUGGAAGCUACUUGGUUGUUCCAUUUGUUGAACCCUUUUAA